GUGGGUAGGAGGGACGGUAACAACGGCGCUCUGCUUGAUGCCGACUGCCCUGCCUGUCGCCGAUCCAACCUAAUCCGCGUUCGCCGCGACUCGAGAAGGUUUCUCUUUUCCUCAGUGGCAUGGAGCGAACAAUGAGCGAUGACUUGAGAGUCGGCACAUAUUAAAUACCAGAAUCCGAAUGCAGAUUGUGGCAACGACACAUCAGAAUCCUUUUAUCGUCAGUGAAAACAUUUUUUCAAAGCCCCAAUUUGAGAAUUACGAUCACGUUCGAGAGUCUCUCGUUUCCCGAUCUAGAAACCCAAGAUGGCGCUUCCUGCCCGCGUGCUUGCCCUAACGAUCCUUUUUACCUUAGCGUUAGCAUGCAUCACGGCGGCGAAUGCUACGGUCGACCCCAAGAGCGUGCUGUUUUCGUCGCUGAGUCGAGCCAUCGUGGUGACCGCCACGGUCAACGGCAACAACGUCACCAACGGCACGGCGAUGACGUACUCCAAGGACGAGAUGGCGAUCCACUGGCACCUCAAUCAGUCGGUGGCGGGCGGCGACGCGGCGUUUAAGAAGGUCGUCCUGCAGCUCUGCUUCGGCGCGCCCAGCCAGAACGCCCGCCCCUGGCGCCAACCCAACGACGUCGUUUCGCACUCCAAAAACUGCAAAUACACCAUCGCCUCGCAACCGUACAACGCGGCGGGCAACAGCACGGUGUGGCGGCCGUCGCAGGACACGCCAGGCGCGCAGUACUUCGUGCGCGCGUGGGUGCUCAACUCCACCGACGCCUCUGCCACCGUCUCCGCCAACAGCGUCGCCUACGGCCAGAACACUGACCCCUCCAUGAGCAGUAACCUCGUGGUCGUGCAGCCGUUUUCUGGCACGGCUGUAGGGAUCAAUAUUUACAUCAUAUGCGUCUCUGUAGUCUCAUAUGCUGCCCUGGCUGCCUUUUUCUUCUAUGAGAGAUGGGCAAAGAAGAAUAAAUAGCAUGCUGUAACAUCGCAUUGUAGAGUUAAUCGAAGCAGUUGUUUAUUUACCGAUGGCUGGUUUAGGCAGUAACCGCAAGGUGCUGUGCAAGUCGGUGAUUCUAGUGAUGAUACUGGUCGUGUUUGGAAGUGGAAAGAUGGGGUGAAAGUGGCAUUGAUAAAAGCUGUGUUGAAGCAGCAAGUGUUUGUCAAACAUGUGUAUUUGUUAUGUUUGCAUAGACUGUAUAGGGUCAUCUCUUAGAGGGUACAAUACUUAGGUAUAUCUAUUUGUACUCUCACUCUACCU